UAAAUAUUUAUAACCUUAAAGUUGCGCUUUUAUAAAAUAAUAACUUAUUCUUAUAAUUAAUAAGUAUAAUAAAAUGAAGGAAGUAUUUUUAUCAAGUUGUGAAAAAAGUUUUAUACAAAAGAUUAUAUCAGAGGGACAUCGAUUAGACGGCAGAAACUACAACGACAGUCGUAAACUAAAUAUAUCAUUUGGUUCUGGGUAUGGCAGCUGUAUCGUCUGUCUGGGAGAAACCAAAAUAUUAGCACAAGUAUCAUGUGAAGUUGUUCAGCCGAAACAAAUAAGACCCAACGAAGGUGUUUUAUUUAUAAAUGUUGAAAUUAGUCCAAUGGCAGCACCACAGUUUGAAGCCAAUCGUCAAACAGACCUCACAGUUUAUCUCAACAGAUUAUUAGAAAAGUGCUACAAAGAUUCAAAAUGCAUUGAUCUUGAAUCAUUAUGCAUAGUUGUUGAAGAGAAGGUUUGGUCUUUAAGAGUUGAUAUAAAAGUAUUAAAUCAUGACGGGAAUUUAAUAGAAUGUGCUAGUAUAGCUACAUUAGCUUCAUUAGCUCACUUCAAGCGUCCAGAUGUGACUCGAAGUGGGGAAAAAGUUAUAAUCCACACGUUAGCAGAAAAGGAUCCUAUACCAACAGUUUUAUAUCAUUACCCAGUGUGUUCAACUUUUGCUAUAUUCAGUAAUAACAUUCUUAUAUCAGAUCCAAAUUUCAUUGAAGAAUCUGUGUGUACAAGUAAUUCUGAUGGAAAUAUAAACGGAGGAUUACUUGUGGUUGGAAUGAAUCAGUAUAAGGAACUUUGUUUAUUAAAUCUUAGUGGAGCUGCAAUUUACAAUACAAAUAUUGUGCAUAGAGCGACACUCAGUGCUGCAGAUAAGUGUAAGAAUAUAGUUGAUUUGGUUAAGACAGCAAUUAUAACUGAUGAUAACUUAAGGCAAAAGAGGACGAAAAUUAAUUUUGGCGACAUCAUAACAAGUGAUCAUGUGCAAUCAUUGAGCAAAAAAGAUCUUAGCAUUUGCCUUAAAAACUUUGACGUCAAAGAACAGACGAAACAAAAAGAUACAGAAAUGAUGGAUGUUGACAUAAGCAUGGAGCCCAGCAAAUAUGACGUCGUACCAUCACUACCACAGACGGCAGAAAUAAAGGCGAAGAAAGGUGCUUCAUCGUGGAUAGAAAUAUCAUCAGAAUCAGAAGAAGAAGAUCUCUAAAAUCAUACACAAGUUUGUUAAAUAAAAUGUAAUAAAAGUUACAUUUUACUGCUAAUAAAAUCUCUCUUAACAGUAAUUAGCAUUUUUA